AGGCUGUCAUUAGACGAAAUUUUGCAACUUUACGUGUGUUAAAAAGAUGACACAAUCUAAUAUCAUCAAGAAAACCCUUUUACGUACCCUUUUUGCACAACGCCGUCCAAUUUAUACGUUCUACCGGCGCGGACUCUCACUUCAAUUAUUCCCAAUCGCCACUUCGAUACUCACUGGAACUCCAUCAUGCUUUUACAAAAGUUAAUUUCAUUUUUAGAGAGACUUGAGGACCCGAGGCAUCCAUUACUGGGGCCAAACAUAAAAGGCCUUUACUUAUUCGGCAUUUGGCAAACAAAUAGCACGAGAAAAAGAAAUUGUAUUUACAACAUUAUUCACUGCACCACCAUACUGUUUGUCUUAACUCAAUUCGUUGAUUUAUAUCGGCAGUUGGACGACGUUAAUAAGGCGUUAAACAACCUUUCUAUGACCUUUAUAGGAGUGAUAAGUUGUGCUAAAUGCUGGUCUUAUGUAUUACGACAGCCGCAAUGGCAGAAGCUGGCUGCUGAUAUAUCGGACGAAGAAUUGGCAUCAAUGAAGGAGAACGAUGAGACAGUGAUGAUUAAGAUGAAUAAAUACAAGCUGUAUUCAAGGGUUAUAACAUAUUUAUAUUGGGUACUCGUCACAAUGACUGAUACGGCUCUGAUUGUGACACCUCUACUGAAGUAUCUGACUACCUCAACAUACAGAGAGAAUAUUAGAGAUGGGGUGGAGGAAUACCCCCAAAUCAUGAGCUGCUGGUUCCCAUUCGACUACAUGACAAUGCCAGGGUACAUGGUGUCAUGCAUUAUCCAGAUAGUGAUGUCAAUACAGGGUUCAGGCAUCAUAGCAGCGUCCGAUGCCAAUGCUAUAACUAUAAUGACUUUCAUGAAAGGCCAAAUGCAAAUUCUGAAAGCAAAAUGUGUGAAGUUAUUUAAAAAUCUAAACGGCGAUCCUGAAGAGUUUUCUAGGAGGGUUAUGGAAUGUCACAGGCAUCAUACGUUCUUGGUGAAGCAAUCUGAAGUUUUUGAUAAACUUCUAUCACCGGUUAUGUUUAUUUAUGUCUUAAUUUGUUCGAUGUCUAUUUGCUGCAGUGUUGUUCAGUUCUUUUCAAGUGGAGCGACAGCUGCUCAAAAACUUUGGGUGAUUCAGUACACUUCAGCUCAAAUCGCUCAACUAUUUCUAUUCUGUUGGCACGGGAAUGAAGUCUUUGUUGAGAGCAAAGACGUAGACCAAGGCGUAUACGAAAGUGACUGGUGGAAGGCCAGCCCGCGUAUGCGCAAGCAAGUACUGCUUCUGGCGGGGAAACUCAACCGUCCCAUACUUUACACUGCUGGACCUUUCUCCAGACUUACUGUGCCUACUUUUAUUAGUAUCAUAAAAGGCUCUUAUAGUUUCUUCACAUUGUUCGCCCAAAUGCAAGAAGAAAAUUAAAAUACACAUAUUUAUUUAGACCGAUGCAGCACUUUUAAAUCACAACUUAAUUUAAAUUUUUCAUCCGAUGUAUAAUGUCAAAUCCAUCGUCCAUGAUAAUUACAGCCUAGUGGUUAGAUCAACAAAGUCAGGGGUCGCGGGU